AUGCCGCGAGAGACUGCAUCGCGACCAGGGCCAUCUCGGACGCAACCUAGCCAGCCUUCUUCUUCCCGGAAUGGUGACACCUCCACCAGAGCUACCGCUAUGACCAACCAGGAGGUGGAAGAGGAGGACGAGCAUGACCCUUCUGCUGCUGCGCGCAGAGCUCGCCGACAAAGGCGCAGAGAAGAACAGGCCUACAAAGUCAGUGGCUGGGAAAACCUGUACGGCGGAGGCGGUCGUCCCCCCGUCUUCGACAUCCGCGACCUCCGGAGAUCCGAGCGCAAUGCACCUUCCAACUCUCAAUCCAACACUUCUGCUUCUGCCAGGCAUGACAGCCACUCGCCUCGCCGCUCCAGUAGACUGCCACCUGCCUCGGCCCCGCAACCUUCUACCUCGGCUGCACCUCAACCACGCUCUGGCAAGCGCAAAGCCACGUCACCCCCCGCCGAGACUCGUCCAGAGAGACGGAGAAUUCGGUCCACAUCGAUUCAGCAACCACCACCAGCAGAGUCCGACUCCGAUGACGGCUUCGAGAUAACGGCCUGGAAUGGCCCUGCUGCCUCACAAGCCCGAUCCCAAGCGGAAAGAACCACGCCUGUCGCGACCAAGCUCGAACAGAGUCCAGCAAAGUCGCCGCAGACCCUGCCGCAUGCGCACAAUCGCGAUCGACUCUUCUUGACCUCAUCGUCCUCAUCCCCUGCCCGGCAAUGGUCGCUUCCUCCGGCUGAGAGCGCACACACCGCCGCGAGCAGCAGGGAAACCUCCCUGUCGACCUCAACCCGCGCGGCAUCCAACAAGGAGUCUGAAGACACCAUCGUCGCCGCCUUCGUUCAAGGCUCAUCCCUGAUCGAACAGGUGCUGCGCGCCAUCACCAGGUACGCCGAAUCACUCGAGCAAGCCCAUCGCCGCCGCGAGACGGCCGACAGCCUCCACAGGCAGCUCACGGCUCUCGGGCCCACGCCCACCCUCAAAGAUAUCCACGUCAUCACCUGCUCGGUCCCCACGCGUCUAGCCAAGAGGCUCGCCGUCGUCUUUCGCGCGUGGAACACUCACAUCCUUCAACGCCACUCGAACACCGAGCGCACAAAGUCCCCCAGCACCGCUGUGCCCAGCACCCAUGCGCCAAAGCCUGCACGUUCGUCUCGAUCGGCAAGCAAGGAGACUAGCCGCGCACCUGCAGCCGCAGCCAAAGACGACGCGGCUGCCCCCAGCAACGACAUCGCAGGGACUCAUGAUUCGCAUCCUCCUCCGGCCACGAUCCAAACAUCUGGCGCUCAGGCCAGCGUGCAGGAGCCAUCAGACUCCACAGACGCGCAGAUCGACCAAGUCAGCGCAUCCGGCCAUCCAGCCGCGGUACAAGACGAACAAGACCCUUCCGCCCAUCAUGACCUCGGCGACACCAGCAUAGGUCCCCCGGCCAGCAUCACCUCGGCCGGCUCGCCACAAGCCUACGGAACGCCGCCCGAGGACCCUGAAGAACCCGAAGAGCCAGAAGAACCCGAAGAGACCGGAGAGCCAGACGAGCUGGGUGACGAGGUGGAUGAAUUAGAGGACGAUGACGCAGUCCCCGGCGCCGGUGGAGAGCAAGACGGGGCGCCAGCUCAGCCUGCAAACGCCCGUGAACAGAGCGCUUCUGCAGAUCAAGAAGCGACGGAGCUCGUCGCGGAACAACCUUCUGCAGACGCUGCCGCUGCCACUCCAAUGACGACGGAAGCUCUGCCGACGGAAUUGCCAAGUUCAGAGCGAGCGGAGGAAGAUCAAGCAUCGAUUGCCGGCGAUGACCCUGCACCCACGCUUGUCAGAGCAAAGGAGCCUCAAACAGAGGCAGCUGCGGCCAAGGACGCUGAAGUGGCUGCCGACGAUGUCGUCAUGGAUGCGACAGAAGGAAAACGGGCAUCGCCAGCCCAUUCAAGUGCCGAGGCGCUUCCAGCACCAGAGGAAAGACGAGACGGCUCAUCAACGCCGGUCCCCGCUGGUCCGGUUGAUGCGGCUGACAUCGAGACGGUCGCGGAUCUACCGGCUGCACCCACCGCAGAUCCGUCUCGAGGCCCAGCCGAAGUACAGAACAGCACGACCGAGACGGCAUCCUCGCUUAGCAACGAUGCACACCAAGUCAAGCCAAUCCCAGGUGUCCCGCAAGCGGCAAUUCCGGCUGCCAAUGCAACUGGAGAGGCGGCUCCGCUGCCAGCUACAACGCAGGCGACCGACCAAGCCGAAGCCGAGCCGAGCCAAGACGCGGUAGCAUCCAGCGACUCUGCCAUGGCAACCACUGCUGCAGCCCUCGCUAUGGCAGAACUGCCGGAUGCAAGUGCACAAGCCGACGCCGAUCCCGGCGACACGAUCCUUGACUCCCAGAGUCGCGCACAAGAGACUGCAAAUGGUGCGCUAAACGCUGCGAGCUCAGUCUUACCGCCAGUCAGUGAGGCAUCACCUGCCGACCCAAAUCCUCAUCAGGAACCGCAGCGGGACCAGGAAGAGGCGGCGAUCGCGAGUGGGCCGACCGCAGACACUUCUGCAGCUCAUCCCAGCAUGGCGGUGGGCAGCUCAGACCUUCAGCAGCCAGCGACCGCCCCCAACGUCGUCGACGACGACCGUGCCUCGGUCGCCGUAUCCGAACCCGACAUUGCGUCUGGUUCCGUAUUGCUCCAGGAGCUCCGGCGGCUGGAUCGAGCGCAUAGCCAGCCGUCUUCCGACACAUCUGCCUCUGCACCUGUGUCUUCAGCGAGCAGGCCAAAGAUGACGAUAUCCGACCGCAUGAAGUCGCUGCUCAAGGACCUGGGCGGCAUAAAAAAGCGACGCUCGUCGUACGACACGAUGCAGCAGCUCAAGCCGCUGCGCGUGGGCAAAGCGACGCCACGUACGAUUCCAGACCUGGUGGAGCGGUGGCAGGACCCGGCCAACAUGAUCCCAUGGACGUGCCUGGAGGAUCUGUAUCCGAGGAUUUUUCAUCCGAGGGCCGAGACGCACAUGCAUCUGUCGAUGCACGAGCUCAUGAACAAGGUCGCCAGCACGCGAUCAGUGCAGCAUCUGGCGCACAAGAUCCCGGAAAGGGUGAUCGCGCGCGCGCUCAUGGAGUUCCCCAGGAUCCCGCACAUGCUCGAGUGCUGGAGCAAGGAGAAGGAGGGAUACUUUGCUUCAAGACAGUUGCCUCAGCCUACGGAUACGAUUCCAGAGUUCAGAUUUGCAGAUGCAGAGCCCUUGCAGCGGCCCACUUCGGCAGCGUCUGCAGUCGAUGCAAGAGCGUCGGCUCCGCCGUCAUCGAUGCUGAAUGAGGCUAGAGAAAUCAAGCCCGUGCCGAGUGCGAGAGACGUGGGUGGCCAAUCGCCGCAAGCAGUCCCGAUGUCGCACUCGCACUCGAAUCCACCUCCGCACACUUCCGGAGCAGGGCAAAGCGUGAACACGUCCGCGCUGCAGGUGCCGCAGCAUAACGCGCGUCCCAGCGUCCUUCAACCCAUUGCACCAAUGCCUGGGCAGUCACUGGCACCGCCGGUGGGUGGAGUUAGGACAGUCGCACCCGCGCCAGGUGCGCUUUCAUCCGUCGCCGCAACGAUGCUCGCCACGCACGCGCGUCGCACUUUACAAGGACCGCAGACGUCGGCGCGAUCGGCCGGACCUGGCAGACCUGUGUAUCUUCUUCCGGCUCCCGAGGCUCAAAAUCAAAGCACGAGAACUAUGCAGCCGCCGGUGGUGCCUGCUCAGCAGGCCCAGCCGAUGCAUGCGGCGCGACCGAUGGCAGGGCCAGCGUUCGCCACGACGGGCGCGGCGAUGCAGCCAGGGAGGGACAUGAACCAGUUCCUGCGGCAGCAGCAGCAGAUGGCGUCGCAGGCGCGUGCGCGGCAGCAAGCGGCGACCGACAUGCGGCGCGCGACGGAAGCGGUGUUCGCUGGGCUGGUGGGUGACUGCGUCUCGUUUGCCGAGCAUGUGCUGGGAUCGCGCGUGCCGAGCGAGGUGGCGGAACGGCCGUACUUUAGCGAGGCGGAUCUGACGCACGUGGUGGAGUACGUGGUGAAGGUGUACGAGCUCGAGGUGGAAGCGGAGCGCGCGGCGGGUCGCAGAAACGCAGCGGCCGAAGAGAAGCACGCCAAGAUCAUGGUGGUCAAGAAGGCGGCGGAGGAGGUGAUGCGCACGACCAGGAUCCUGAUGCAUGUGCGCCUGUGUUUAUCCGAGACGGCGAGCGAGGCGCUGCGCAACGCGUCGACGAAUGCGGUGCUGCGAGACUGGCAGGAGGUGCUGGCGACUUCGCCACGCUACGUGACGGCGGUGGAGUAUCUGAUGCGCUUCCAGGACGUCCCUGCGGGCCUGCUGACGCGGCAGGAGCGCAACUUGAUGCUGCACACCAUGGUGGUGGCGACGAACAAGAAUCUGGAGAGGACGCUCGAGAAGAUGGUGGAUGUGGACGCGCUCAUCGGCCCCGUCCGGGGUGCAACGAGCGCCAUCAGCGAGGAGGAGGCCGAAAUGAUCCGCCGAGAGUGCUUCUUGAUCGGCUGCAUCUGCUGCAAGCACGUCGUUGGCAUCCUGGGCCAAGGCGCAAAGCAGCAGAGCUGA